AUGCUGAAUUGGCGCUCUGUGGAAGCACACAGUUGUGAACAAUUAAUAAGGUGGUUGAAAUGCCAUGGGCGAUCACAGCAAGGAAAAAAAAGUGUCCUGAUUGAGAGGGUGAAAAAUGCAUUACACAAUAACAUACCCGUUGAUCCUAAUGUCGACAAGGGGAAGUGGCUGGAAAUUCUACAGAAAUGUGAUCCGAAUAAAAACGUACCACAAAUUCAAACAACUAAUUACCCUCAAAUUUGGCAACCAUUUCCCACACAAGAUGUGCCCAAGAAUUUUAACUAUGGUUCCAUAUAUCAUUAUUUAGUUACGUCAUAUAUUGAUGAAGGUAGCAAUGACAGUGAUAAUGAAAAUUUUGGUAGCAACAACUGUGCUAAAGAUGAUUUUAGUACUUCCAAGUCACUAAAACGAGGAAAAUUGUACGUUGAGAGCGGCCACGUUUUUGAUAUUUUUAACGGUGUUACUGCGAAUAAAAUGUUCUGUAUGAAGUGCAAAGUCCACGCAUCUUAUAAAAUAAAAGAAAUUCAUAGCGUUUCUGUGAUGAUAGAUCCUUUGAAUGCUCGAGUUAUUCACGGUACUUGUGAUUGUAAAGCUUCAAGUAUGGGUCGCUGCUCGCAUGUUGCUGCGUUAUUAUAUAUCUUAUUAAAUUUUGUGGAUGAUACUGACGAAGAUAGUUUACCUUGCACGAGCAAAUUAUGCACCUGGAAUCAAGGUCGAAAAAAAAAGACGCACAUAAGGCUGAUGAAAUGCAGUAUAAAAAUAAAAUUGAUAUCACAAAACGUAGAUCAUAUGAUCCUGGCAGAAGUUUAUCCAAGCCGGUGGACAAGCAAAAAAUUAAUUGUUUAUUGUCUGAUUUACAAUCUAUAAAUGCAAAUCAGAAAGUUCCUUCAAUGUGGCAACUGAUAUUACAACCACAAUAUGAUGAUUACGACCUGGAUAAACCAAGAAAAAGUCACUUAAAAACAUUGGUUUAUAGAUUAACUACUAAUGUGUAUAAUAAUAACUAUGGACCUAUUGACAUAACAUCGGGAGUUCAAGGUGAAAAUGAUAAAUGGUGGCAAUUUCGCAAAAUAUUAAUUACAGCUUCCAAAAUUAAACUAUUUAGUACAGAGAAAACAAAAGAUCAAAUCUUUAACCUAGUCAAAUCUCAUUUGUGGACUAAUAAAAAAAUCAUGACUGCAGCUAUUCACUAUGGCCAAGUACAUGAAGAAAUUGCGCGUCAGAAGUAUAAGAAUUUCACUUCCAAAAAAUUUUCUUAUAUAGUUGAAGAUUCUGGCCUAUGGGUCAAUUCGAAGUUUCCAGGCUUAGGAGCAUCACCUGAUGGCUUAGUAACGGAUCCUUUGAAGAAAACAA